AUGUACAAUUCUUACACGGUUUUCAUGGACUAUUACAACUACCCAGUGCUGACGCAGGUAACUGUGUCUUAUGAAAGAAGUCUGCCAUUUCCAGCAGUCACGGUUUGUAAUUUGAAUCCACUUCCAUGUACAAAUCUGGCUACAGCCUUCAUCAAACAGCCUGUAACCUUCAAGGACAUUUUAAUUGCCACUGAGUGCUAUGAAGCAAUCACCAAAAAGCCACUUGCUGCCAAGGUGAUAAACAAUACAUCAGGCUACAAGCAGUUUGACAACAGAGCCAAAUCGAUUUUCAUCAAGUGGAUCACCUCUUUCAAUUCUUCAAUCUCUGAAGCAGACCUCAAGAAUUUUGCUACACUGAAUCUCCAUUCAUUCCUUGAGAGUCUGGCAAUGUUGGAAAUGAAUCAAACCGGUGCAGACAUCCUUAUGAGAGAAAUAAUGAAAGAUGUCCUGUUUAAUGACACCUCCAUAUCAUCCAUCAACUCCUCAUAUUGUCUCAAGGGCCAGGCUUUGGGAGAAAAAAUGCAAGAACACUUGAGAUCUGAAGAAUUUCUCAGACUUUUGGUUGAACUGUAUAGGAAUGGAUCCAACCUCAUCCAUAAUGUUGAUGCUGGGAUGAAGUUUGAAGAUUUUGUGAAGGCUUGUACAUAUGAUGGGAUGGAUUGCCAUCAAGAAAGAGCAGAGUUGAAUCCACAAUAUGGGAAGUGCUUCACUUUCAACAGUGGAUUCAAUUACAAGAAGGAUCCAGAUGCAGGAAAAAGGACAGCAGCUAUUGCAGGAAGAAUGAAUGGAUUGACAAUGGACCUGUUUAUCAGCAAAAAUGAUUACAGUCCAACUUCCAUUCCUGAAGGAGAAGGCUCUUCAAUGGUCAAAUCGUAUAUGGAUGAGUACAAAGUUGAAAAAAAUGAUGACCUUGAUGAUCUGGAGGAGCAGAAAAUUGCCCAAACAGAGUUUUUGAGGAUCAAUGUGUACUUCAAGACAUUGAAUUUGGAACGAAUCCAAGAAGUGCAAAAAUAUGAUAUUUGGGGAUUCCUCAGCAGCCUGGGUGGUGCAACUGGACUGUAUUUAGGCCUGUGUGGUGUAUCCUUCUUGGAAUUGUUUGAACACUUGAUCAGCUGGUGGCUUUCACCAAGAGCCAAAGAAAAUGAGGAUGCUGGCAAUCAAAGUCAAGUUACAUCUAUGGAAAAGUGCUGUGAAUCUUGUGGAGAUAGCGUUGGAAAGCGUCUGGGAGGAGUCGCCUCGUCGACGACGCCGAGUUUCGGCCGUCUGCGUCGAGAACCUCGUCCGGAAUCCGAGUUGUUGGCCUGGGCCGCUCCCGUGCGCCCUAUGGCCAACAAGCUCGCGUUCCGCGCCCGUGCUCCGGACGCCGCCAAACCGUUGCCGAUCUACCAUGUCGACGAGAUUCCAGACCUGGUCGACGCGGCCAUCAACCGCGCCGUGCCGCCCAUGCCGACGGGCAUGGAAAAGAACGAGGAAUGCGAACACCAUCUCCUUCGAGCAAUCUCAGCGCGACAGAAAUACGGAGAAAAUGCUGAUGAAGACAGCGACAUUCCUAUACCAGAUGUACUUGAGUGCCCUGUUGAGUAUGCUUCAAUAUACUCAAGAGAAUCGAAGAUUCCGAAGGACUACAUCCGCGUUCCACCGUUCUCUCUGGAACCCGCCAAGCCGGAUUAUGAUCUGGAUUCGGACGAUGAGCGGUGGUUCAAGGAACUCAAAACCACAGACCAUACCUUUGAAGAUUUUACCGAACUCACAUUCGAAGAGAUGAUAGAUCGCCUUGAGAAGGGGAGCGGUCAGUCGCCAUGUACUCUGAAGGAAGCCAGAAUGUUGCUCAAUCAUGAUGAUGAUCUCAUUGUAGCGGUUUACAAUUAUUGGACGGAGAAACGUUCACGACUGGCUACCUCAAUGUUUGGGAUGACCGACAAAUCCGGCGCUCCCCUCGUUCCCCCUUCUAUCUAUCCAAUCGUCCUGACAUCCGUGCCCCUUGGGUCUGCUCCGAAUAAUCCCUAUGUCGCGUUCAGAAAGCGAACCGAGAAGAUGCAAACUAGAAAGAACCGGAAAAAUGAUGAAUACGCCUACGAGAGAAUGGUGAAGCUGAGACGGGACCUGAUGAAGGCGCUCACCCUGCUAGAAAUGGUGAAGAGGCGCGAGAAGCUCAAACGCGAGUACCUCAACCUCACCGUCGAAAUCAUCGAGAAGCGGUAUCAGCUUCAGGAUUGGGGUGGGAAAAUCCUUAGGGAAGUGCUAGACAUGAAACCUCAGAAGCGUGCUGCGUCCCGGAAGCAAGUGCCUAUGAGGCGAGUGGAAUCCGUGCCGAAACCUCAGAAGGCGAAAGUUGUCGCUGCACCUGUGGAGUCCGAGCCGGAGUCCUACGAGGAUGUUUUCGUGUUCCGGGGUAUCCAGAAUUGCCGCUAUGUCAGACCCGCCAAGAGAAAAUUUUCAGCCGAACCAGCCGUUGUUCAAGAACCGUUCUCUUCACCGUUCGACACGGAUUUGUGUCGUCUGGAUCUGGCAUCCCUCAUUUCCCGUUACUCGCAGAUCUUGCAUCCUACUAGCUCGAGAUUGUUGCCCGAACGUGGGGAAAGGGCGUUAUCGAAAAAUGCGGGUGAAAGUAGUGAAGCUUCCUCUAGCCGCCAAUCGGAUUCCCACGAGGAGGAAACCCAGGAGUGGGUUUUGCGGGACCGGGUUGCGUAUCAAGAAACCGUCGAAGAGGCUGAAACCAGUGAUCGGCGACGCCUUUCGGUACCUAAAUCGGGUCGUCGUCGUGUGGUGACCCAAGUUCUCGCGGAAGCGUCGUCCAGUGAGUUGGCGAACCUCGAUGACAGCGAUGAGUUUGCAAACUUGGAUAUUGCGGAUUCAUUUUACGAUCCCUGCGCGGAAGCGUAUCCUUCAUCGAGCGACGAGGACGAAUUAACUGCUGGAGCUCAAGUUAGACUAUUUUCUCCGUCGACGGAUUAUGGAGAGCCCGCGAAACCGAGCGUCUCAACCGCGUUGCACCAGCUGGUGUCCGAAAGGUCGCCUAGAUGA